AUGGAGUUGUCUUCUCUGAUUGUAUCAAAUAGUAGGAAGCAUAUUGUGGUUCUGUUCAUAGGUUUAGUAUGUAUCUUGAAGAUAGCCUUAAUUUCUGCUGCCAAUGAGGAAAGCCAGAUCUACACGGUGCAUUUGGGUGAGAGGCAACACGAUGAUCCUAAUCUUGUUACUGCUUCACAUCAUGAUAUUCUCGGUUCGCUUCUUGGAAGCAAAAAAGCUUCCCGUGAGUCUAUGGUUUAUAGUUAUAGGCAUGGUUUCUCAGGCUUUUCAGCAAAACUCACAUCAUCUCAAGCAAGGGAACUCUCAGAGAAUCCGCAUGUUGUCCACGUAAUUAGAAGCAAGAAUAUGAAGAUGCAAACAACAAGGGUUAGUGAUUACUUGGGAUUCACUUCAACUGCGCCAGCGGGUCUCCUCCAAGAAACCGAUAUGGGAAGUGAAGCAAUCAUAGGAGUCGUGGACUCAGGAAUAUGGCCAGGGAGGUCAUUUGAUGACAAGGGUCUUGGACCGAUCCCAGCACGUUGGAAAGGACGGUGUGUUUCAGGAGAAGGGUUCAACGCAUCGAGCUGCAACAGAAAGUUGAUCGGAGCUACGUACUACGCAAAGGGUCUCCUCAAAAAGUACAAUGGAACGGUCAACUGGGCAGAGAUAAACGAUGUCUUGUCCCCUUUGGACAAAAGUACCCACGGAACACAUGUUGCAUCGACUGCCGCGGGUUCUUUUGUUCAAGACGCGAGUUACUUUGGUCUAGGUCAGGGAACCGCAAGGGGAGCUGCCCCUCGGGCCCGUCUAGCCUCUUACAAAGUGUGUUGGAACAACGAGGACUGUUUUACACCGGAUUUAUUAAAGGCGAUGGAUCACGCCAUCCGCGAUGGCGUCGAUGUUAUAUCGAUCUCGAUUGGUAACCUUGUACCCUUUGAAUUCGAGGUUGAUAAGGACGAUAUAUCGAUCUCUGCUUUCCACGCCGUUAUGAAGGGAAUCCCGGUAGUAUGCUCAGGAAUGAAUGAUGGUCCCGAGGCUCAAACUAUCUCUAACAUUGCUCCGUGGGUCAUAACCGUCGCGGCUACGACCAUGGACCGAGACUACUUCACGCCCAUCACUCUUGGAAAUAACAUAACAAUCCUGGUACGUAUUCGAGGCAAAUAUGAUACUGAAUUUGCGAUUUUCGAGCACACCGAAGGCGCGGCUGGCGUCAUUAUCGCGACUCAGCCAAGCGAUAGAGUAACACCGUGCAUGGAAGGUAUGGCUUGUGCCUAUGUAGACUACGAACUUGGGAUGGACAUUAUGCUAUCUCCAAAAGCUAAGAUCAGCCCAACCAAGACAUUCGUUGGCCGACCUAUUGCAACUAAAGUCGCAAAAUAUUCGUCUAGAGGUCCCAAUUCAGUAUCUCCUGCCAUACUCAAGCCGGAUAUAGCAGCACCAGGUUCAGCUAUACUUGGAGCUGUAGAGGGAGGAUACGAGUUCAAGUCGGGAACAUCGAUGGCUGCACCUUUCGUGUCGGGAAUAGUCGCACUUCUUAGGCAAAAACAUCCUGACUGGUCUCCUGCCGCGAUUCGGUCCGCUCUCGUCACAACCGCAUCUCAAACGGACCCAUCGGGAGAGCCGAUCGCAGCGGAGGGCACCCCUAGCAAACCCGCUGAUUCGUUUGACUACGGAGGCGGCCUCGUGAAUCCGGUGAAAGUAGCGGACCCAGGACUUGUCUACGACAUGGGCUACGGUGAAUAUGUUCAUUACUUGUGCUCCGCAGGCUACGACGAUAGAUCCAUCUCAAAACUACUUGGAAAAGCCAACACUUGCCCUUCUCCAAGACCAUCCAUGCUUGAUGUCAAUUUGCCUUCCAUCACAAUCCCAUAUCUCAGUGAAGAGGUCACCAUAACUAGAACCGUAACCAAUGUUGGACCAGUUGGUUCGGUUUACAAAGCUGUGAUCCAACCGCCUCAAGGUAUUAAUGUGCAGGUGAGUCCUGAGACUCUUGAGUUCAGUUCCAACUCUAACAAGACUACAUUUACGGUGAAAGUCUCCACGACUCAUAGAGCGAAUACUAAGUAUCUCUUUGGGAGUUUGACUUGGACCGACAAUGGAGCUCACAAUGUCCGAAUCCCUCUUUCUGUGAGAACAAAAUUUCUGAACUUCAAGAUCUAA